GACUCCUUUCCCACACGUUGAGUCUUUUCGCGGCCAACCUUGACAAAAUGCUUAAGCAGGCUGGUAGCUCCCUUAUUCAGGCCGCCUCUGCGGCGGCCUUGCCCAAGUCCGCCCGUUUGAUGGCGGGGUAUGCGACCGGGACUUUCGAAGCAACACUUUUCCCUGGCGAUGGCAUUGGCCCCGAGAUUGCAGCAGCGACUAAGGAAAUCUUCCAGGCUGCGGGCGUUCCUGUCGUUUGGGAUGAGCAGGUUAUUGGGAAGACGCCCGACCCCCGCACAAACUCGAUGGUCACUCGGGAGAACCUGGACUCCGUGCUGAAGCACAAGAUUGGCCUCAAGGGGCCCAUGACCACGCCCAUUGGCAAGGGUUUCCGGUCUCUCAACCUAACGCUCCGCAAGGAGCUGGACCUGUACGCCAACGUGCGCCCUUGCUUCAACAUCCCUGGCUAUAAGACCCGGUAUGACAACAUCAACCUGGUCACUGUGCGCGAGAACACUGAGGGCGAGUACUCGGGUCUCGAGCACGAGGUUGUUCCCGGUGUCGUGGAGUCUCUGAAGGUUAUUACGCGCAAGGCGAGCUCUCGGAUUGCUGAGUUCGCGUUCGCGUAUGCCCGCGAGAACGGCCGGCAUAAGGUGUCGGCCGUGCACAAGGCCAACAUCAUGAAGAAGGCCGAUGGCCUCUUCCUUGAGUGCUGCCGUGAGGUUGCCACCAAGUACUCGGACAUCAAGUACGAGGAGGUCAUCGUGGACAACGCCUGCAUGCAGCUCGUGAGCAACCCCACGCAGUUCGACGUGCUGGUUAUGCCCAACCUGUACGGCGACAUUAUCUCGGACCUGUGCGCUGGCCUGGUUGGUGGCCUCGGCCUCACCCCCUCCAUGAACAUUGGCGUGAACGGCCUGGCCCUGGCUGAGGCUGUGCACGGCACUGCCCCCGAUAUUGCCGGCAAGGAUAAGGCCAACCCCACUGCGCUGCUGCUGUCCAGCUGCAUGAUGCUGCGGCACAUUGGGCGGAAGGACCAGGCGGAGAACAUCCAGAACGCCGUCAUCUCGGUCAUUGCCGAGGGCAAGUGGCGCACGGCGGACCUGGGCGGCCGGGCCACCACCACCGACUUCAAGAAGGCCGUGAUUGACAAGCUGCACUAAACCAGCUGCUGGAGUGAAACGACUUGCCUCCUGUAUGCCUAGUGAUUGCGGUUCCCUGUUGCCCACACUCUGUCGCGAUGGCUUCGUGGUGAGCAAGCGUGCGAUUGGAAGAGGCAUGGGUCAAGAGUCAUGGGUGCUCGCUCCGCACGUCCCGCCGCGCCUUUGCCGCUUUGUUGUGGCUUGCGCUUUGACAAGUUACAGGGGCUGCGCUGCUGGAGGAAAGCGAUGGUGUACCGAGAAAGUCGCUAUGUGUAGAGGGUCUGCAACAUUUGAGGGGCCCUGAAUGGUCGUCUGUACUUGCGUAAUACCCGGCGUGUGCCGCGGUAGGCUGGACAAGGUUCAGUCCUUGUGCUGGAGCUUAUCACGACGUGAUGUGUGGGGCGCCGUUGGCGCAGCUGACUGCUGGUAUGUGUAUGACCGAAUCGACAACUACGUGUGCCCCGGGGGAGCCCUGCCAUGCGUCCAUGUGCGGGGAGGAGUCCUGACGUACGUUUCACGUGCUACGCAGUGCAUUCCCAGGCGCAUGUCUGUCUGCGGGUGUGGCCUCAGGGUCGGAGCGAACUUAAUGAGCGAAGUAUGUACCAAGAGAUGAGUGGCGUGGUGUGUAUGUGUGGUUGUUUGUACUAAGCAUGACACUGCUGGGAGAAGGGUCUGACGGCGUCCGAUUACCUUUACUAACGCCCCGCAUUAAGCACGAUCCGUCAUAGGGCGUUGCUUGAAAUUGCCGAACGUAAUGCCUGUCGGUGAACCGUUUGGUUGGUAAAG